AUGGAUCCAACUGCUCCAACGCAGGGUGCAUCAGCCCCCAACGAUACCUCUUCGUCGCAAGCACAGCCUACUUCGCCCAGUGCUCGCCAGUCUAGGAUUCGUCAGAGCGCUUCGGAAUCUUCGACACCCAUCAACUUUGCCCGUCCUCUCUUUUCCCGUUCGCAAGGGGAAUCCGAAGAUGCUGAUUACUUCGGCUCAAGUACGGGGGUUGACGAUGCCGACGAGGCGAAUUGGAGGGACGAGCCCUCGAUGAGCGGCUCGGAUCGCCGUGCGCUCCAUGCCUCGUUCUCCUCCGAUCACUUCUCCCGCCCUUCCACCCCGCUCAAGAUCCGCAGAAGGGGCAUGAUCAACGACAAGAAGCUCACCAUCAGCGUCGGCACGUCGUCGUCCAAGUCGAGUUCAGGAAGACGUGUGGCGUCCGACUCUGCCACCUCGGCUUCGAGCGAGCUUCCUGCCAGGCCAGCGGCAGCUGCACUUGCGCUAUCGCACCGAUCCGCGAAACGCACUAUGGACAGCUCGGACUCCAACAUGUCAAUGCUGUCGCCAAGGAGUAGACCUGCAAGUCCAAGGAAGAAUUCUUCUCCCAGAGAGGAAGGUACGAGUCCUGGAGGUGGUAUCCGGCGGUACAUGCCGUUCACCCCGGUCAAGAAGAGUCCGUUGGCGGACAAGGGCAACAGCCCUACUGCGGCUUCGACGACGCCGAGCUCGAGCUCGAUGCCUUCGUCCGCGGCGGGAAGCUCCAACAGCGGACGCUCGGACAAGCCGCUCAUCUCAGGGCCGCGCUACGGCUUCAAUCCGGACUUUCAGCUGGGCUCGUCUGACUGCAAGGCGACUGGCUCCAAGUUGUCGCCGAAAUCCUCGUCGCCCACUUCUGUGCGUCAGGGAGGCUCGCCUGCCAAGCCGUCGCCUACCUACUCGGGCUCGUCCGUUGGUGGAGUCAAAUCCAUGCUCUACUCGAACCAGCGCAAUCCUCCUCUGCCACUGAGCCCGCGAGCACCGAUGUACUCGCAGCGCUCGCCAGGAGCGGCUGCUUCCAGGCAGCAGAGCGAGCCACGUACGCCUCGUACGCCCAAAACCCCGCGCACGCCACGAACGCCGCUCACGGCACGACUGCCCAACACACCGCACUCGGCGAGACCGGGCGUGCAUACGGGCGGCUCGUACCAGGGUGUGCUGCUCACCACCAUCACGCGUGCGCCUUCCGAUCCGCGCGUACCAACCGAGGGACCGCUCACCGAGUCCAGCACACAAGCCUCGGCGCGUAAAGGCAGGAACCGAAGCGCGAGCAUCGCCACGGAUAUCCUCACAUUUGUUCGCGGCGGUGCAGCCGAGGUCGUUCCCAGGCUCGAGCUGCGCGUCUUGGAGAGGCAGCGUCAGUCACAGCUGUAUAGUCUCGACACCAACCACGUCGAGGCCGAAGAUAAGCGAGCCAAGAGACACUCGGUUGCUGCUGUCCAGCCGGCGCAAGCUCGUGGCAGUGCCCCCGUAGGUGAUGUGGACGGCGACGAGGACGACGUUUCGCCGCGUUCGAGUUCGUUUGCUCGGUCUGCGGCCCUGUCCAAGCUCACGGGCAAGCGAGCCUCCACGGCGAGCGCCAGGAUGGUCCGUCGCACAAGCGAGGCGCCUAGUAUCGGCUCGCGCGUAGGCUACCGCCCGCACUACAAGGAGAGGCGUCUGACGGCUGCUACUACUGCCUCGCGUGUCUCGGGUGUCUCGGAUCGUUCGCGUCGCUCGGCUCGCUCCAAUCUGUCCAGGAGAGUGUCGAUGCCGGUAGCGACAGUGGCAAGUCUCAAGUCGAAACAACCGAACCGCCGUCUUUCGCUGGCGCCGUCGUCGAUGCGCGGUCGUCGUGAUAGCAGCAUGCAGCCCGACAACAGCGACAGUGAGGACGAAUCCGACCUCCUCGCCGAGCUCGACAAUCACGUCAACAACGUCGCUGAUGCAAAGCGUUGGAUUUUGGGAUACCGCACGCAGUAUGACGUGACGGGACCACUCGCUAUGGGCAGGGACGUGGUGGAGGAUGGACGUGCGGUGUCGGCCAUGAGAAGGCCUACGUAUGCCGCCUCCGUCUUCCAGCAGGCUAGGCUCAUGGAGGCCGAGCGCAAGGCUGGCGCAGCACUCGUGUCGUCGUCGGCGCUCGACGUCGCCAACGCAUCCGCCGCCAACCUGCACGUGCCAGGCACACCGUUUCCCUUCGGCCUUCCUCCACGCACGCCUGGCUUCCCCAAGACGCCCCUCACUGCUUUCCCCACCGACGCACAGCUUGCAGGCGAGGCCGAUCCUUCUGCUGGUCCCCAGGUUCUGGAUGCUCCGGAAGAGCCGAGCUGGAGCGACAAGACAAAGUACUGGCUCAAGGCGCCAUUCCGCUUCGUCGCGCGGCAGAUCGACCCCAAGUAUGUGCUGACCAUGAUGGAUCCGCGCGAAAUCAUCUUGCCCAUCACGGUGCGCAAGGUGGCGCUGUGGAUCGUGUACGGCGGGCUGAUCGCCAUGCUGGUCCUGCUCGACCACUACUAUCACUGGUGGGCCAAGUUCGAUCAUGCUGUGCACGGCAAGAACCUGGCGAUCAUGGGUGUAUUGUACGGCUUUGAGCCGGCGAUGAUCCUGGUCAUCAUGCUCGUGGCUCGGGUGCCCGAUGCGCGCGUUGUACCUGAUCGCACUGUGCUUGUUCCCCGCGCGCGCGACAGAACCGACGGCGAGUCGGACGCAGAUUCGCGCUCAAGCAUGAGCAGCGACGAGUCGGUCGAUGACGCGCAGCUUGCGACGCAGAUGCACUCGACCAUCAUCGAAGAGGAGCAUACCGAGUCCGAGGAGGAACAGGGACAGGACAACGAGAGUGGCAUCAUCGACCGGGAUGGCCAUGCUGCUGUGAGACGUGCGUCGGGCCUGCUCAAGCCACCAAUGCGCCGAAUGUCGACCAGGUUCACCGGGAACUCGGGCGGAUCUGCAGGCGGUGCCGAGAGGAGGGGCAGCGAAGGCACGACAGCGUCUGGACUUGCGGUGCCCAGGACGCCCAUGUUCGACCCGCGCAACAGGAGGAGCACGAUCAUCCUGCACGAGCCGCUCAACGUGGGUGGUUUUGUGGAUGAGAGCGAGUCGCGACGCCCGAGCGCGGCUUCGGUACAGCACCAGAUCGCGCUGGCUAGGAGUGUGAGCCGCGACUCACGACGCGCAUCGUACUUCAGCAUCGUGGCAGCUGCCGCUGGUUCGCGACUGGGCGCGGCGUCGCCUUCCCCUGCCCAUGAAGCAGGAGUCGUCGGCGACAUGAACGAAAAGAAAGACGACGCAGACGACGAGAAGAAGGAGGCGCAGCUUAGCGACGUGAAAGGAGACGGCGAGGUUCGCGUUGCGAUGGACGGAGUGUCGCACCCGUCGCUCACCGAGUCGACUGGGCUGAUCAUACCGUGCCACAAUGCGGACGUCGAGGUGCUCAAGGCGGUGCUGUUUGCGGCGCUGGUGCAUUUCGAGCCGUGGCAGAUCUUCAUUGUGGAUAACGGCAACACGAAGUCGCCGCCGACGGACAUGGAAGGCGCGAUCCGAUCGCAACCGAUGUUCUCGCGCGUCAACUACAUCUGGCUGCCGGUGGGCAACAAGAACAUCGCGCAGUUUGUGGGCGCCAAGGCGGCGGCCAAGCUGGAUCUGGACUACGUGCUAACGAUCGACGACGACGUAAUCAUCCCGGCCAAUUUUGCUGCGCCGAUGCACAUUAUCUCGCCGACGGUGACGGCGGUAUGCUAUCCGAUCACGGCGGUGGACCACAAGGGUGACCGACCGCUGUUUGUCGGGUGGCAGGAUGUGGAGUACAAGAUGUCGGCGCUGGCCAAGAUGGCCGAAUCGAAGCUGUGCGGCGUGCUAUUCCCGCAUGGAGCGGCGAGUUUCUGGAGGCGCGAGACGAUGAUCGAGGUGCUGCGCCGACACGAUCUAAUCUACUUUGCCGACGACGUCAAGAUGGGAUUGGAGCUGCAGGCGCUCGGGCAGCGCAUGGGUAUCGAUGCGAGCAUUUCGUUCGAGACGGUGGCGCCCGAGACCUUCCUGGGUCCGCCGGUGAAUGGUACGGGUAACUACUACCACCAGCGCGUGCGCUCGUGGGAGAUGGCGCGCCACACGCUCUACUGGCAGUUCUCCAAGCGCUUCCUGUUUUCGCUCAACGGCGCACGCACGCCGGUGGCGAUCGGAUGGCAAAAGUUCACGCAGUUCUACAACUCGAUCACCAACUUUAUCGACUGGAUCCGCCUGCCCAUGUUCGUGCUGCUGGGCGGUUCGGGCCAGUUUUGGCUGCGCAGCUUUGCGUUCAUCCUCUUCCUGCCCGUGCUGCCGCUGCUGCCGUACCGAUUCAUCAAGACGCGCAAUCGCCCGGACCUGCACCCGCACAUGCUCGACAUGCUCACGUUUGGCGUGUACAAGCUGUUGUACAGCGUGGUGUGCAUCCUGGGCGGUCUGCGCUCGAUGCUCGUCUUCUUCCCCAACCACUCGCACAAGCCGAACCUGAUCGAGAUGGAGAAGAAGGGCGAUGCGAGGUGCAUCUGGCUGCGCGACGACUUCAUGGCCAACAGCGGAGGCCAGGGCGAUCUUCGCGACGAGCCACAGCAGAUCCUAGUCGACGAAGAGGUGUUGGAGGCUGCAGCGGUCGACGAGCAGGAGCAGGAGCAGGACAGCGCCGUCGUGGCUGCACUGCCGGAGCAUGCGCCGCAAGCGCAAGAGAUGCAGGAGGUUGCAGUAGUCAAUGUCGCCCUGCCGUCGCGAAGCCGCGAGGAGCUACCCACUGUACACGAGAACCACUAG